AUGUACCGUCAAAUUUGGCUACAUAAGGAACAUACAAGAUUCCAGAGAAUAGUUUUUCGCAAGGAUCCCAAGGCUGUUUUAAAAGAUUUUGAGUUAAAAACUGUAACAUUUGGUGUUAAUUGUGCACCAUUUUUGGCCAUUAGAACCCUGUUACAGUUGGCCUCAGAUGUUGAGAAGGAGCUGCCUUUGGCAGCUAAGAUAUUGCGUCAUAUGAUGUAUGUGGAUGAUGCUCUCGCGGGAGCACACGAAGUGACACUGGCUAUAGCGGCUAGGGACCAAUUGAUUCAAGCCUUGUCCUCUGCUGGGUUUUCUAUGAGGAAGUGGACCGCGAAUGAUGAAAAAAUUCUGCAGGGAUUACCAUCUGGCCACCGUCUUAGUGAGAAUUUUUUGGAAAUCGAAGACGAGAGUAAUGCCAAGACGUUGGGUAUAAGGUGGAACGCCAAGGGUGACUUCUUCUAUUUUUCAGUCAAGCCAAUUCAAAUGAAGCUGAAUUUUACGAAAAGAGAAGUUUUAUCUAUAAUUGCCAGCUUAUUUGAUCCUGCUGGUUGGCUUGGUCCCGUUAUUGUUGUUGCCAAGAUCUUGAUGCAGCAGAUUUGGGGUGAAGGAAUUGGUUGGGAUCAGGAAUUGACUGAGAGGAGCCACAAUAUGUGGAAUCAGUUUAUUUGUGACUAUGUGUCAUUGAAUCACAUUAGGAUUCCAAGGUGGGUGGGGUUUCACCCUAGCGCUCAAGUAGAACUUCAUGGAUUUUCGGACGCUUCAGAAAAGGCUUAUGGAGCUUGCAUUUAUGUACGAGUUGUGGAUGGUGGAUCCGUACAGGCUCAUUUAUUACUGGCUAAAUCGAGGGUAGCCCCUCUGAAGAUUGUUUCGCUGCCGAGGUUAGAACUUUGCGGAGCUCUUUUGUUGGCAGAUUUAAUGGGAGUCGUUAGAACCGAUUUGUGUUUAGAUGAGAAGAACACUAAAUUUUAUUGUUGGUCCGACUCUAUGAUUGUUCUUGCUUGGCUCCAAAAACCACCUAGCUCAUGGACGACCUUUGUUGCAAAUAGGGUGUCGAAAAUUCUUGAUAAGGUUGGAAAGGACAACUGGAGACAUGUCCGAUCAGAGUGUAAUCCUGCUGACCUGAUUAGCAGGGGUGUUCGCCCUCAAGAUCUUAUAGAUGAGACCCUAUGGUGGCAGGGACCGUCUUGGCUACAAUCUCCUAAUAGCCAGUGGGACAAGAGCAACGUUGACUUUGCUACAGAGGAGGAGGAACGGAAGGUGAAACUCUUCUCAACUUUCAUUAAGGAUUAUGAGGAAAUUCUUGACAGGUUCUCAUCCUAUGCCAGGGCAUUGCGUGUAAUGGCUUAUGUUUUUCGGUUCAUUGACUGUUUAAAUGGCCGGAGGAAUUUUUCGCAGACAUCAGUGAGUUCGGAGGAGCUCCAGCUUUCGAAAGAACGUCUGGUUGUUGUUGCCCAAAAGGUUUAUUUCACUGACGUUUACUAUAGAUUGUUGAAUAAUCAAUCGAUUUCAAAUAGAAGUCAUUUACUUUGCUUAAACCCAUUUAUUGAUCCGAAGGGCCUGAUGCGCGUUGGCGGCCGGCUGGAUAAUGCCACUUCUCUGUCGUAUAGUGAAAAGCAUCCUUUGAUUUUGCCCUAUAACUGUAGAAUAUCGAGGCUUCUGAUAGUCUUCGUACAUCAAAUGACGCUGCAUGGUGGUAAUCAAUUGAUGCUUAGAGUUUUGAGAACGGAAUUUUGGAUACCCCGGGUUAAGAAUUUGAUUCGAUGGGCCAUAAAUCGUUGUAGAAUUUGUUCAAUAAUGGCAAAAAAGACACGUUGUCAGUUAAUGGCGUCUUUGCCAGUCUCUAGAACAAUACUUGACAGGGCCUUUACUCGAACUGGUGUGGAUUUCGCAGGGCCAUAUGAUAUAAAGAACUAUACAGGUCGAGCAUGUUUGAUAACGAAAGGAUACGUGUGUCUUUUUAUAUGUUUUGCCACAAGGGCUGUCCAUUUAGAAGCAGUUAGUGACUUAUCGUCAACAACCUUCUUGGCAGCUUUCUCCCGUUUUGUUUCCCGCCGGGGUUGCCCCAAGGAAAUGUAUUCGGACAACGGCACUAAUUUCGUUGGAGCUUCGAAGACUUUGAAAUCCGAGUUUCGGGAAUUUCUUAAGGUGAUUGGCCCUCAACUAACGGGAUCAUAUGCGACACAGGGCAUCAGUUGGCAUUUUAAUCCAGCAAGCGCACCACAUAUGGGCGGUUUGUGGGAGGCUGGAGUGAAAUCGUUCAAGCAUCACUUUAGAAGGAUAGCGGGUAGUCUUAAAUACACCUUCGAAGAAUUUUCAACACUCUUGGCCCGUAUUGAGGCUUGCCUAAAUUCGCGGCCACUUUGUCCUAUAUCUGAUGAUGUAUCUUGUUUGGACGCGCUGACACCAGGACAUUUUUUGAUAGGUGGGCCCAUUUUAGCUCCCCCCGAACCAGACAUUCGAGAGACACCUGAAUCAAUUGUCAACCGUUGGCAAAGGGUUAAGGCUUUAAAUCAGCUCUUGUGUCUCCGGUGGAAGAAUGAAUACUUGAAGGAACUAACGAGAAGAAAUAAGUGGAAAAAUCCUGACGACAAUGUGAAAGUGGAGGAUAUGGUAGUUAUUAAGGAGGACAACAUCCCACCGAAUGAAUGGAGAUUAGGUCGUGUCACUAAGGUGUUACCAGGCGUCGAUCAGCUGGUGCGUGUUGUAGAGGUCAAGACCGAACGUGGCCCGAUAGUGAGGCCAGUAGUAAAACUGGUCGUCCUACCCUCUAAUUAG